GGGUUGGAAGAAUUGCGGUACCUUGGUAAAAAAUAAAAUAAAUACAUAAACGUACCAAUCAGAUUCUAACCCAAACGCAUCUUUUAAUAACUCAUUUAUGUUCAACUAUGUGGGCUAUACUGUAUUUUUUGUUAGUGUGGGGGCACUGACUCAGAAAGAAUACGUAAUAUGGACUGCUUGCGUUGGACUAUAAAAUAUAUGUUUAUGUUUUUUUCUUUUAGCUUUGAACUGCAUAGUUUGUUAGGCUCGUAAAAUAAAUGACAUUUUACGUAGCCAAUGAGAGUGAGCCAAUCCAAACGAUUACAAGCAGCCUAACCAAUGACAACAUGAAGGGGCGGGAUUCCUAACCUAGCUAACGUACGCUCGUUAGUAGGAAGAAGAAGCCGAUUCUGGAAGCCAUUACGUUGCGCAUAUCAAUUGAGUACUAUUUUUGCGUACAGUACGUAAGACUACUUCUCCAAAAUUGGACUUGGCGCAAUGAUGGUAUCGGUGGCGAAAAAGAGAAAAAUGAAUUUCUCGGAGCGAGAGGUUGAAAUUAUUGUGGAAGAAAUAGAGAAACAAAAGCACACGCUCGUUAACCACUUCAAUGCUGGAGUCACCCACAUGGCAAAGAACAACGCAUGGUUGGAGAUCCUAAAAAAGGUGAACGCUGUCACAACCUGCCCUAGAGAGUUGCCCGAGGUUAAGAAGAAGUGGUCCGAUAUGAAGACAGAGGUCCGAAGGAAAGUGGCCCAGGCGCGGGCCGCGAUAGAGGGGACGUCCGCUGACUGCACCACCGUUCCCGUCCUUCUCACAGCCAUGCAGCAAAGGAUCUGUAACCUCCUGGGGGAAGCCACCAUCAUCAGUUUACCUGCAGGAGACUCUGAUGCUGAGAUCACUUUGCCCGUCACGGCGAACGCCACUACCACCGUCACACUCGCGGAGACUCUUCCAGCAGGUUCUGCAACAGUGUGUGAUGAAGCAAAGACACUGAAUGCUGAAACUGCUUAUCAUGCUUUAGAGGACGGCGGUGUAGUAGAGUACUGCACAACUGUAACCGAUUCAGCCCCUGCUGUGGUGGCAACCGUUGAGGCUCCAGUGGAGGUGUUGGCAUCCUCUUCGGCUUCCUCCCCGCCUCCGCCUCAAGGCCACGCUAAACCUCAGGAGCUGAAGAGCCGCAUCGCCCUCAACUCUGCUCGACUUCUACAGGAGCAAAGACUCACAAAUGUCCACAUCCGACAGAUUGCCCAGCACCUUGAGGGUCAGAAUCAGUUGCUGCAGUUGAUGCGUCACUCACAGGAGGCUCAGGCGUUCGCGCAGGAGCGACAAGCCCAGGCCUUGGAAGGUACUCAGGCUGCACUGCUUGCACUGGUGCAGAUGCUCAGGCCGGCUUUGAAAGACUUGCGCAAAUUCCUGCAGAGUGGGACUGAGGUGACAAAAUUAAACAACGCAACAGCGGGAGUGACAACCGAUGGGGCGUUAAUUGAGGAACAGAGCAGGACAACAACACCACCACCUGCUCCCCAGCACACGGAGGAGACACAUUAGACUCUUGAACUUAAUUGCCUCCACUGCAUAUUCUCCUGAGGAAUCAGUGCAGGGACUUUAAUAAAUCCUUGAAAAACAUUUCAUAAGUUGCCUUAGAAAACUCGUCUACAUUUUUUGAGCUUUGCAUUAAUAGUAGUUGACCUUAACUUUGGGCUGACGUUUUUAUGCAGAAUACCACAAGUCAUCCCUAAGCAAUCAUGGAACAAGAGAGUUGUUUAGAUAUCAAGAUAUUAGUUCAUAUUACCGUCAUUUUUGGACUAUAAGCCGCUAUUUUUUUCCCUCGUUUUGAAUCUUGGGGCUUAUAGUGCAGUGCUGCUUAUUUGUUGAUUUAUUUGGGUUAGUACUGUAUGUAACACUUUAUUUGACAGCAACGUCAUAAGACCAUCAUAAUUAUGACACUAUCAUGGGCAUUAAUGAAUUCAUCAUUAACUCAUUUGCUCCCAAAAACGUAUAAAUACGUUCUAUUUUUUAUUGUUUCAGUGUCCCAAAGACAUAUUUAUACUAGGGCUGGCAAAUGAUUAAAAUUUUUAAAUGAAUUAUUCCUAAACAAAAGUAGUUAUCCGCAACAUGGAAGCAUUUGCAUGGUUGAGCACCAACGUGUUAUUCCACAAGUUAAUUACAGCUUAAAAAUUAAUUAAUCGCACUUCAAACCAUCUAUAAAAUAUGCCAUAUUUUUCUGUAAAUUAUUGUUGGAAUGGAAAGAUAAGACACAAGAUGGAUAUAUACAUUCAACAUACGGUACAUAAGGACUGUAUUUGUUUUUUUUAUAACAAUCAACAAAAUGGCAUUAACAUUAUUAUUUCUUAAAAGAAAAAUGUUAGUACAAGUUAUAGAAAUUUUAUAUUAAAACCCCUCUUAAUGUUUUUGUUUUAAUAAAAUUUGUAAAAUUUUCAAUCAAAAAAUAAACUAGUAGCCCGCCAUUGUUGAUGUCAAUAAUUACUUACACAAUGCUCAUGGGUGCUGAAACCUAUAAAAUCAGUCGCACCCAAGCGCCAGCAGAGAGCGGCAAAACUCCAUAAAACACAAUUAGCAAGUGAGCAUUUCACUGUACCGUCAUUUAAAUCUGUCUGAGCGGGGCAUCUGCGUUAAUUGCGUCAAAUAUUUUAACGUGAUUAAUUAAAAAAUUUAACGCUCGUUAACGCGAUAAUUUUGACAGCCCUAAUUUAUACGUUUUUUUUUUUUUUUUUCAAAAAAGACAUCUAUGGGUUCUGAUUCAAUUUAGCUCCAAAGUACAAAGCUGAAAAUCCAUUUUAAAGCAAUAAACUGGGGGGCAGUAGCGCAAUUGGUAAGACCCGCAACCCGAUUCAAAGGCAACGAACGGCCAAGCCGCACGGCCGGGCGCCGGCGGAAGACGACCGAAUGGAUGCCAGGCAGUGGACGACCGAGCAGAACUGGUAGGACGCCCGGGAUGCCAGGCGCUGGACGGCCGAGCAGAACGACCGGGACCACUAGUGCGGCAGACGAUGCCUUUGAGUCCGUGCUGCUCGCGAGCAGAGCCCGCAGAUACUCAAAAAAAUUCAUCUUUAUGAGACAGACGGCGAUGAGGGAAAAGUUUAACCGGCUGUCGCGGCCAGAACAGCGUCAUCUUUCAGUUAGUUAUGUGUAAAUAAAUUGUUACUUUGCUAUCAAAAGCUCAAUUUGUCCUGUUGUUUAUCUUAUUUUGUAAAAGGAAAACAUUAUUCAGAUGUUUGGGAUGUAACUAAAGCAAAAAAUAGCUGUGUAUAAGUCAAAGUUAUGUUUGAAAUGUAUGCUUUAACAUAAAGCUCAAUUUCUCAGUCUUUUCAUCAGAAGUUAGAAAAUUGCUCAAACUAAGCUAUUUUCUAAUGCUGAUUUCUAAAGAAUGGGAAAAGAUGAACUUUUUUUCUGCUGAAAGAAGAGAGUCUAAUCUUUCUUUUGGUGGGUUCCAUGUUUAUAUAGCAAUAGAUCAGAAUUUUCUGUGGGCCUUGCAAAAUCAGUAAAAAUCCAGUAAAAUGGCCGGGAGCGAAGGGCCUUGCUCCGGUGAAAAUGGCUGGGAGUGAAUGACUUAAGUACCAUCCGGCAAAUUAUGUCACUAACUCCAUAUAUGUCCAGCUUGGAUCUUUUACAUCCAUUCAAAUGUGAGACAAUUUACCAGAUGUCACAAAAUGACAUGUGUCAUAAGCAUUCAUUAAUCCUCAUGGCAGUGUCAGUUCAUAAUUAUGAUGGUCUUAUGACAGUUUUAUGAUGCCGCUGUCAAAUAGAGUGUUACCAAAUACCAUAACUUGCACUGAAUUAAACAACUGGAACAGUAACUGAAGAAAUAAUUCGCAUAGAACAUGAAUUUUUUAUUGUUAUUUACAUCUGUAGCGCAGCAAUGCAUGCUAGGAGGCAUGUUGGAUGACAACCGUGUUGACAGCAGGUGGCAGCAGAGGUGAAAUGUCUCCCCCAAGGGCGCAUUAAUGGCCAAAUGAAGCUUCUUAAGCAAUGUUUCAUUGUGGUUCAUUUGGUGUUAUGACAGUCUUAUGAUGCCGCUGUCAAAUAAGGUGUUACCGGUGUUAGGCAAAUCCUUCCUAUGCGGCGAAACGUCUACACAAAGCAUCCGCACGCAUGCGCAUAUCGGUUUCAACUGGCGAGUACUCAAUAUUUUUGUUUUUAUUGAGGUUUUUAUUACCUUUUCAUUGCCUUAAAAAUAGUUUUUGAAUGUAUUACCCUCUCAUACUUUUAACCAUUGUGUUUUUUAGCGGUGGCUUUAAAGCAGUUGACCACAUUAGUCACGUAGUGUAUUUAAACCGUCCCUAUUAGAUAUAACUAUAAGUAUUUUCUUAAGGCAUUUUUUUAGUACGUUCUGCCUGUAUGCAUCUAAACAAAACAAGUUGAGAUGGCACGGUAGUACUUUGAGGGUCAAAUUCGCCUCAUGUAGCAUGUUUCGCCGAUGUAGGACAUUUUGGCAGAACACGGGUUAAUAUCUUUGGUGUAAAUAUCCCAUAAUACAGUGAGGACAGCUGCGACUUGUAGUCCAGUGCGGCUUAUCUAUGAACAAAUGGCGUUUUCGUGUCAAAUUUGGUGGGUGGCGGCUUAUAGUCAAGUGCGCCUUAUAGUCCGAAAAUUACGGCAAUUCAUCGCUGCUAAUUAGAAUGUAUGAAGUAAAUGGUAAGUUUCUUACUUUUGUUUUGUUUUGCAAUUUUUAAGUAAACUAGGCGAAAUCAAAUCUGAAAAUAUCUUAGAAUUUUAUACUAAGUGAGUUACAUGUCAUAAAUCACUGAAAAUGAAUCACCUAUUGCUUUUUAGAAAGAGAAUGACUAUUAAAUCCACUAAUUUCUACACCACUAGCCUUUUCGUUCUCCGAUCAUCUAGCGCUCUUCUGCAACGUGUAUUCCACGUGUGUUGGAGAGAGGUGGAGUGAACCCCGGACUGGUUGUGUUUUUCAGUAUUAUACAAUGUGUACAAUAUUUACACACAUAUAUACCAGAGGUUGCGCUAGACUUUUUCGUUGUCUGUCAUUUUGAAUGACAGGGUCAUAAAAAUCCGGUCAUAAUCUAUUUUUACCCGUCACUUAAAUUUUUAAAAUGAUGAUAAUAAUGACAUUGUGGUGACCCUUUGUUUAGCAUAAUUCACCUUUCGUACUUGUGUGUCCAUUUGGCCGAGCGCAGCAGAGCUACAGCGGCUGUACACAGCAAUUCGGGUUAACAAGACUCUUAACAUUGAAUACCGCUUCAACAUAUUCAAUAGUAUUUAGUUUUCAUUCAUUUUAAAUUAAUAUUCUGUCCGAACAAGCUUAACAGAGAAUCAACACCGUGCCAUCUCAAAUCAAGCAGAUGAAUAUGUAACUUUUUCUCCGCAGUGACAAAAACAGCUGACUGUGGCCCCAGUAGGUAGGCUACAUAUGGAACAAUGAAAUUAACAGUUCACCUGCUGUGGCCUGAACGCAGUCUCACACCUUCCUCCUGGUGCGCAUGGACUUCAAUUGCGUGCCCGCUUGUGCAGUCCUUUUUUCACCUCUUUUAUCAACACCAUUGUCGUUUUGGGGCUUUUUGAAGAAACUUCGGACACUCAGUUGCCUUGACAUUUUUCUGAGUAAGGCCAACGACGUCAUGCAUCAAGAGAGACAAUAGCUAACUAAUAUGCUCACUCGCCACCCUGUGGUCUUGGGUGUGAAUUGCAACCUGUCAAAAUGACAGAUGGACUUCAGUUUUUUCCGUCACCGUUUUAAAAAAUUGAUCAACGACGGAAAAUAUUCGGUUGAUGCGACCCCUGAUAUAUACACACUAAGGUUGUUCCAAUAUCACAAUACUGUGAUAUUAAAAAUACCUUUUGUAAUAGUUUUGUCCUGUUUUU